AUGCUUAGAGAACUUCCAGGAAUUAAUAAUCAUAAGCAAUAGUAGCCUGAGACUAAAAAUGUCAAAGCUCUAGACGAAAUCCCUCAAUUUGUAUUCAUUUCAGAGGAAGAAACCGAUCAGAUUCAAAGAAACUUCGAUGAUGUUAAAACUAAACGAAGAGAUGCGAGUUUGAUUUUCGCAGUUUAAAAAAAUGGACAAAAUAACAAUAAGAAUACACUUAAAUUGCAGUACUUUGGUAGUAGAAAUAUGGACUAUGAUUACUUGAUGCUAUCCGAAAAUCAAAUAAGAAGACUAUCUGACGUCUUCUAAUACGAUUAAGCUCAGCCAUAUACAGGAAGUACUUCUACUGAAACUUCAAAUGGAGAAAGAAUCUUAACUAUUAAAAACAGACUUAGAGAGAAAAGAUCAUCAAUGUAAUUGGUAUAAAAAUAGAGAGGCAAAUUUAACGAGAGCCUAAGUAAUAUAAAUAAAGGGAUAUUUGACACAAAUUCUAGCUCUCUAAAACUUAAUUUACUACCUUCUGAAAAUGACUAGAAGAGGAGUAUUGAUGAAACUUUCUUUGAUAAAACAACGAAGUCAAAUCUUUCCUAAAGGCUACUAUAAAAAAAGAAGAAUUAAAAUCUGUUAGAUUCAACCUCUGUAUAUAGCUCAGACUACUUUCCUGAAUUACGUCAUCAUACAGUAGCAGAUUCAACAAACCUGAAAACAAUAGACUUUAAACAUUAGUCAACAGAUUCAAAUAUACAAAAAUAAUAAGGCUUAAAAGGGCUUAAUCUUCCAACUAAUCAAUCUAUUGAGAAUAAGGAUGCUGUAAUCCAUAAAGAUAGCAUGUUCGAAUUUAUACUUAACAAAUACUCAGCUUAAAAGAGAUAUGAAAAUUCUACUGAUUUUUUGGGUCACUAGAUAGUAAAUUAUGACGCUCCAAGUUUUUCAAAUUAAACAAUUAAGAGCACUCAGAACAUCUCUGCCAUUACUAAUACACUAAACUAAUAGAAUGAUCUUAGUAAAAAUGAUGUAGAGGCAGAAUUAUAGAAUAAUAAAAAGAUUUCUUUCGUUGAUAAACUAAGAAACAUUAAAAUAAUCGUUUCUUGA